AAACAGAAUCAAACCAAAGCAACCACUCCAACACACCAUUAUAAGAAAAUUGAAAAUCACACUUUUUUUUUCCAUACCAAUAUUCAAAACAUAUCCCAUUUUUUAACUAGGGAAAAAAAAUUCAACCAUUUGGCAUCAACCAAAACCAGAUGGAAGAAGAGGAAGACAUAUCUUCACCCUUCUGGGUGCAAAACAGCAGCGCCAACCGCCGCCGCCUCAGCCGCUCGUACUCACUAUUCAUCAGCUCCAGCACGGUUGUCAUAUUCCUUCUAGUAAUUACACUUGCAUUCAUCUUAGUUAUAGUUCCUACAUUGCACUCUUUCUACUCCCACAUUUUCAAACCCAAUUCAAUUAAGAAGAGUUGGGAUUCCCUCAACCUUUUGCUUGUUCUCUUUGCCAUAUUUUGUGGCUUCCUUAGCAAAAACAACAACAACGAAAGUCCACGUUCCCACGAAGAUCAAACAUUUUCAGAGACAAACACGCGACAAGAGUAUGAGACACCCAACCUAGAGCCAGAAACAGAGCCAAGUUUUUGGUAUGAGUACUCAGAAGAUAGAACUUCAUAUAACAGAUUGAGGAGUUUCAACUCCUACCCUGAUCUUCGACAAGAAUCUUUUUGGGUCUCCAGGGAUGAACGGUGGCGAUUUAGCGAUGAUACACAUGUUAACGGUUACCGUGGAUUGGAUUUGAAUUUCAAAGAAGAAAAGGAAGAAGCAAGCACCAAGGACAUUGAAGUGGACACAUCUUUGAAAGGAAAGAUGAAGCAAGCAUUAGAACCUAGAUUGGAUUUAAAUUUCAGACAAGAAAAAGAAGAAGUAAGCACCAGGAACAUUGAAGUGGACACAUCUUUGAAAGGAAAGAACAAGAAGAAGCAAGCAUUAGAACGUGGAUUGGAUUUAAAUAUCAAACAAGGAAAAGAAGCAAGCACCAAAGACAUUGAAGUGGACACAUCUUUGAAAGGAAAGAACAGGAAGAAGCAAGCAAUAGAAAUGUAUGAAUCGGAAACGAUUGAGAAAGCGAAAAAUAACAAAGAUUCAGAGAGAAAGAAUAAAAAGGCAAGUUCAACAAAGGAUGAUAAAACGUAUCAAUCUUUGAGAGGAAAGAAGAAGCAUAGGCAUAAAAGUGUUGAAAAUUUUCAAAGCUUUCUAAAUUCUGAACCUCCUACUACAAUGCCUUCUUCUUCUUCUUUUCAUGAUUUGUUCUCUUUGAAGAAAAACAAACAGAAGAAACGUAACUCUGUCUCGCCGCCACAUCAUCAUGUUUCAUCCAUGCUUGUGUCAAAAACAAAGGACGAGAACUUUUUUGUAAUUACAGGUAACGAGUCACCGUUGAACUCAAUACCUCCACCACCGCCCCCACCGCCACCGUUCAAGAUGCCAGCAUGGAAGUUUAAAGUGCAGGGUGACUUUGUUAGAAUAGAUAGCAUAAGUAGUACAAGUGAUGGUUUGGCAGAUAUAGAUGAUGACGAUGAAGUAAUGGAGUUGCCAAUCGGUCGUGAUGAAGAACCUGGAAUUGAUCUAUUGGUGUAUCCAAAUCCCAACCCAGAUGUUGAUAGCAAAGCUGGUAGUUUUAUUCAAAGUUUCAGGGCUGGUUUAAAGAUGGAGAAAAUGAAUUCCAUGAAGAAGCAGGGGAUAGGGAGGUCUAAUCUCUAUAAUACUCUUCAUCACCAAAACCAUUAACAAAAGAAGAAGUUGAAAACAUAUUCUUAAGUCAUUUAUAAUUGAUUUGUUUCUUAAGUGAUUUUUUUCCUCCUUCUGAUGUAUACAUUGAGCUCAUAUUUAUACAAAUGGAAUAGGAGUAUAGUAAUACUUUGCAAGAGAAUUCUAGCAUAUAUGCAACUCUUGAUUUUCUUUUCA